AACCAAAAACUUUUUGCUAAAUCCUUACUCUCGUUUUUACACGUACUAUAUACAAUGGCUAGCAUCGUUACUGAGCCUAUUCAAUCUGUUCAACUUGACGGCUUGGUAGUUUUAAAGAUCAUCAAGCACUGUCGCGACUCUUACCCUAACGAUGUCACAGGUCAGCUUUUGGGUUUAGACGAAAACGGUCGCUUGGAAGUUACCAAUAGCUUCCCUUUUCCUACCGAAGGUGACGAAGAUGCUAGCGCCCAAUAUCAAUAUAAUAUGAUGAGAUGCCUUCGUGCAGUUAAUAUCGAUAACAACACUGUCGGCUGGUAUCGUUCCGCUCAUUUGGGCAACUUUAUCGACCUCAACAUGAUCGAAACUCAAUACAGCUAUCAAAGUUCCAUCGGUAAACAGUCUAUUGUCUUAGUUCACGAUGUUUCCAAGAGUUCGGCGCAGGGCAAUUUGAGUUUAAGAGCGUUCAGAUUACAAGAUGCUUUUAUGAAGGCUUAUGAAGCCAAGAAAUUCACAACGGAAAGCCUUCAACAAGCAAAACUAUCCUUCUCCAACAUCUUUGAAGAAUUACCUGUUCAAAUUCACAACUCUCACUACGUUACUCUGAUGCUUCACAACAUCGAAAUGCCCAAGUUGGAAGCUGACCGUCUUCACUCCCUCUCCACCUUCACUUCUGCUCGCCAGACUCAAACUGAAAUAGAAGAAGCUCGACCUUUAGCACCCAACUUUGAAGUGCUCGACCUAGAACUCGAUCCUUUCAUGCAAAAGAAUUUGCAAUACCUCUUGGACUGUACUGACGUUCAACAACAAGAGCAAAACAACUACCAAUACUGGCAACGAUCUGUGGCUCGUGAACAAGCCAAGAUUCAAGGUUGGUUGAACAAGAGAAGACAAGAAAACGCUCAACGUGCUGAAAAGGGCCAAGAUCCUCUACCUGAAGAUGAAGUCAAUACACUAUUCAAGCUACCUCCUGAACCUAGCCGUUUGGAUUCAAUGAUUUUGACUGCUCAAAUGCACAACUUUACUAAACAACUCAACCAAUUUGCUGGUCCUAGUCUUGCUAGAUUGUACAGUAUUCAAGAAUUACAGAAAUAAGAAAAGAGAGAGAGAAACUCCUUUUUUUGUUACAUUAUUUUUGCUUUUCUCAUUCCCCUACUGUUGUCUUUAAUCAGUGGUUUCUUAUCCUAAUCAAAAAUUUUAAAAAAAUAAAAGGCCAAAAGGCGGAUUACUGAUCCUUCACG